CGGAUCUUUCUUUCUUUCUUCGGAUAGGAGGAGCGGAUCUUUCUUUCUUUUUCGGAUAGGAGGAGCGGAUCUUUCGUUCUUGAGAAGCGGAGCGAUCUUUUUUCUUCAGAUAGGAGAAGCGGAUCUUUUAGAUUUUAAGUGA